AGCAUCUAAUGAAAGCUAAUGGCUGCCCGAACUCUAAUCACGAAACAGCUGAUGUGCGUCGUUUAGGGUUUUUAAUUACAAUCAUUGUUUUGGUGAAUAAAUAUAAAACUACCAAUUAGAUGAUACGCCACUUGUGUCAAUAUAUUGUGUGGAUAUCAGGGUUUGUGCCAUGUCACUGACGAUCCAACAAAUCAUUUUGGAUGCUAAAAGACUAGCCGGCCGCCUCAAGGAACGGGAGACUGAAGCCGAUGCUUUGUUGACAGAAACCCAAACCGCGUAUCGACAAAUUUAUACUAUUAAACAGUACAAGGAAGAGGUGGAUACCCUUAAUGAGGCAUCUCGGGAGAGGCCAAGAGGUGAACUCAUAGCAAGCAUGGAGAGAGAAUCUCGGUUGAUGAGGGAUGUCCAAAGAGAGAACGGUGAACUGAGAGCUGCUCUGGAAGACCACAGGAAAGCACUAGAGCUCAUCAUGUCUAAGUAUCGACAGCACACAGAGAAGAGAAUAUGGGAAUCACAGAUCGAUUUCACAGCAGCCAUCAAUGAAAAGCAGCAAGAAUUGAUUCGUCAACAAGCAGAGAGAAUCAAUGAGAUGACAAGUAUAAUGUACAAAGCUGUUAAUAUGGACGAGAAUGGUGAGUCGAGGAAAGAGGAAGAACUGUACCAAAGGCUUAUUACUGAGAAUAAGGGCCUCCGGGAGAUGCUGAAUCUAUCCAGGCGGUACGGGUCUGAUAGAUCCUACCCGCCGCCGAUGGAGGACAAGGACGUGCAAACGGACGGGCCCCCUCUGUCGGGGGCGUGACGGCCCGCGGCGACCCCCUGCCGCCUCUGAGCUGACCCCGCACGAGCACCGCACACGUGAACUGUUCCCCUGCUAUCUGUGUAUAUGUGACUAUUCAUAUCUGUAGGUGUGCGGAUGUGUACCGACGAUGGCCACAGCUCCGUUAUAUACAACACUCCAACCCGCAGACUACAGACUAAACAGUACAAACACGAGUACAGUUGGCGUCAAAUAACUAUAUAAAAAAGAAUCGGUUGUCUGUAAAGUCGGUUUACUGACGAUAGUUGAACGUGACAACGCCAUAAGAAAAUACUGAUGGAAUGGUUGCAUUUUUCAAAAGAAAAUGUUUGUUUUCCUAAAAGACUGUAAAUCUUCAUAAACCAGAAUAUACUUUAUAUAUUUUAAAAAAAGUUGGCAGCCCUACAGCGAGGGAAUGACGCAUGACGUCUUUUUUUGUCGAGUGUGCAGCCGGCUCCAUCGAAUUAUAAGACGUUGUCACGUGAAAAAUCGUUACCAAAAGACCAGUACCAGUCUUUUUUACCAGUACCUACUUAAAAUUGACUUUAGCGCUCGCUCUAUUUUCCGAAUAUUAGAAUUGCUUUCUAUUUUAAAUUGUAAUUAUAAAUACUGGGUACUACUGGGACCUAUUUGAACCAACUUCAGAGCAGUUUUUGAUACAAACUGCGUUAUCUCUUCUAAACUCACUGUCAAGUGAUUUUGUAUUUCACAAACCAUAAUUAUGGACUAUCAUAAUAUAAAUUGUCAUUAGAAGCAGAAUUUACGCGUGUGUUGCCUAUAUUGUCAUGUCGUUUACCUUUUUUUGUGUGUGUAGUUAUCACACAUGUGUAGUCUGUAGAGCAUACACAUCAGAUCUAUAUUAUUUAAGCCACAAAAUACCAGUAAGUAAAGCGAUUGUUUGACCCAAAGACAACUGGGUUCAUUAAAAAAAAAUCAUACUUCUUGUUUGGCUGAAACAUAGACUCUAUUUAAAAAAAACACGUUUUUAACAUAAUCAGUUAAAUGCAGGUCUGGUGGUAGUCAUUGGGUCCUUUUAUGCUAACAUCUAAAACCCAAUAAUUUAACUGUUAAUAAGUUUGUAGUUUGCGGGACCCUUUACAGCGAUUCACCAAUUUUGGAUUCUAGGUCUUUUGACAGUGCGUAUCUUUCGUAUGUCUUGUAUAAAAGGUGUAACAAAAUAAUAAUGAAUACUUAUUAAGGUAAUCUAUUGCAAUUUGCAGUACAUUCUCUUCAUUGGUAAUUUGUAUUGGAUAUUAAUAAAAAAAAAACAUUUAGGUAAAUCUACACACAAAUGCAUAACUAUAGAAUAUGAUAAUAAUAUGUAAUAUGGAUGAACUGAAAAGCUUCUAUGAAGCUUAACGGCAAAGGCUUAAGCGCAGAGAAUUGUUUAAAACUUUGAAACUUACAAAAUGUAAUUUUUAUUGAAUAUACUUAAUUUUUCAAUUAAAAUAAAUGUAGUUGAUAUUACUUAAGCUUCUUUUAUAUAUAUUAAAUGAUAAUAAUUAAUUUGUUUCAUAAACUUUUCUAUAUCGAUUUUUUGUAAUAAUAAUCAAUUAAAACUGAAUAAACUGCAACCUUAGGCGUGUUUGUAGAACUGAUAUUGAGUAAAAUCUUUAUGUUUAUUACUCUGUGGCCACAAAGAAAGGCCAAAAUAAUUUAAUUAAAUUAUUUCUCUAACUUGUCACUCUUAGUAUUUUGGCAUUAAGGACAGACAGACAUAAAGGCGAUUACAAAUGAGGUUAUAAAUACGUGUGAACCACAUAUAUAAUAAUAAUUAACACAACAAAAGCAAAUAGCGAGUACUUUUGAAAUUAAUUUUUGAGAAUUGUUAUAUAAUGUGAAAUGAAUUUUAUAAUAUUUGUCUAACAACAUCCAAGCUUGGAUGUAAAUAUUUUUAAUCGAUUUCAUAAAUUAAAUAUAAUUCAUUCCCACAGAUUAAAGAAUGAUAGGCAGAUAUAACGCUCGAAAUACGACGAUAUCGUAGCCGUUCCAAAUACCAAAUUCAAAAACGAAUACAUUUUCAACAUUAUUCAAGAAAAAUGGCGUCUUAUGUUUUUAAUUGUUGUUAAUUUUAAAUUUUGGAAUAAAAAUUAUGCAAAAAGUUUGUAUAAGCGGAUUUCAAAGAGACGCGUGACGUUUGGGGGUUUUUGAGUUUCACCGGCUUCACCACGCUGCUUGCACUCAUUCUGGAUCAUCAUUAUUCUGUGUUAAUUUCAAAGCCUUGAUGUCAAAUGAUGCUUAUUCGGUAUGUUUUAUAAUGAUUUAAAGAUUAUUGUAAUAAUUUAUGAAUUCUAUUUAGGUUAAUUUAUAUCAAAAAUGAAAUCUAAUUCCAGUAUCAUUGUAAUAAGUACAUUUUUAAUUAUGGAUUUUAUAAAUUUUUUUGCACGCACAAUGGCUUGUUGGCGUCAAUAUGAAAUGGCUUAAGGUUGUAUCUACUAUGUAACUUUUUUAUGAUACUAAUUUACAAAUGAGUUGGGAUGGUAUCUCUAUAAACAUUUUUUUGUAAUUGCUAAAGUAAAUCUUAAUUUUUUGAUUAAAAUGUGUACGAAAGAAUUAUGUUAAUCUAAUUUUAAAGUCGUUGUGAAUAGACAGAAAUCAUGUGACGUCACUAUUUGGUGACAUUUUUAUUGAGUCACGAAAGUAUGUAAGAACUGUCUAACUUGGACGAAACAAAACUAAAUCAAAUUUAAAUUUUAGCAUCAGAGUAUUUGACUUUCAUAAGUUAAAGCGUUUUGUCAUUUUCUUGUGGAGUUGAAGCGGAUCUUGUUUAAACGUUCGAAUAGAAUAAAAGCUACGUUCUAAAGCGGUUAUCACACGAGGCUCGUCUCGAUGGCAAGAGCGGAUUUUGGUCGCGCUCCAUUGACUGCUGGGAUGACUUCCAAUCAUUUUGGUCAUAAUCGUUAUAAAAAGUGACUUAGGCGAAACUAUACGGAGGCUUGUUCGAACAGUCAUGACAAAGUCAAAACCAUACGGACGCUCGUUCGAACAGUCAGAUAGCAGUGUAUUUUAGGCUUCAAUAGAUUACUUGAAUAGACAAGCCAAUGCGACGUAAGAUCCUCUUUAUAGCCUGCUUUAGUGUACAUUUACACGAGCGGCAACUGCUACUGACGACGGCAGUCGGCGACGUCUCGACGGCAGUCGCCGACUGCAGUCAACGGUAGUCAACGGCAGUCGUCGUUAGCAGUUGCCGCUCGUGUAAAUGAAACCUUAGUAGCGCGUCGCCUCGUGUGUUUAGAGCUUUAAGUGAUGCCAGAUCUGUUUUGGUAAAAUAUGCGCCAAAUUUAUCCGCUCUGAAGUUGCAACACGCCGAUCUAUAUGCAGUGGCACUUUUCAAUGUUUUCAUACUUUUACGAUCGCGUAACCGUAAAUGCGAAUUUCCAAGGAAUUGAAACGGCGCCAUAUAUUGGUACAACUGUUUCAAUUCCUUACAAAUUCGCGUUUACGUUUACGCGAUAGUCACAGUAUGAAAACAUUGAAAAGUUCCACUAGGCACUCAGAGCUGUAUAAUGGUCCUGCUGGGACAUGUUUUUGUUAAUCUAUUGGGACAUGUUUUUAAAAAUUAAUUUGGCGAGAUUUAUUUCCUAGCUUUAGUUCUCCGAGUCACUUUAAAUUGUAAUACAAAAAAAUACUCGUGUAUUUAAAUAGUCGCAACAAUUGCGCCAAACGUUUCCUCAUCUAACAAUAAAUUCGUAGGUUUAAAUAAUAAGCGAUAUUUUUUCAUGCGAAAAAAUGCUUUGGAUGUUAGUAACGUAACGAUAGUUAACCGUAGACUUUUGGUAGAGAAUUCGUAAUUUUUCAAUCAUGCUUAGAGCAUGCAGCAAUACUCUACGGACUGGUACAUAAUGUAGAUAUUUAUAUACCUAGUCUUAUUGAAUAAUGUGACGUUGUAAUUACACGAGUUAAGAAAAUUGACCGUCCUUCAAGCUUUGGCGUUGUCUGUGGUAUGUAUAAUAUUGUCAAGUUUUACUGUUGCGCUGCUUUGGAUCGUCUUGAGAAUAGGUAUAUAUUAACGAAGCAUUACAGUCUUCAGUCAGUGGCGUGCACUACUUAGAUGCAAAAAUGCACUGCCUACCCUGAGGAGUCAUUACGAACCUGCAUUGGAGAAGGAAUUUUCUAUUUUAUACAAAUUGUACGUGUAGUGCAUACCCUAAUUGAAUACCCUGUGCACGCCACUGGCCCUCAUUGUAAGAUUCGAAGGCUCGCAAUCAAGGAAAAAAAUUAUCUUGACUUCAAAUUAUAUACAUAUUGUAUAUGUAUACCUAAGUUAUUCCAAAAAUUCAAGGGCUCUUAUUGAGGUAACAGUCAACAUUUGUACCUCUAUUUGUAAAGGACUCUAACAUUAACUUAACAGCAUAUUCGCUUAGCUUGUCUUUAAGGGUUCAUUUACACGAGCGGCAACCCUACCGACGAUCACAGUCGACUGCAGUCUGUGACGUCUCGGCGGCAGGCGACGGCGUCGCUGACUGCAGUCUGCGGCAGCCAACGGCAGUCGACUGCAGUCGUCGGUAGCAGCUGCCGCUUGUGUAAAAGAACACUAAGAUGUCUUAAAGUUUAGACAACGAAUUUUGAGUCAACAAAAAUACCAAUAAGCGCGAAUCUCAAAAUGGACUAAUGGGAUAUUUUCUGAUAAGAUUUUUCUACCUAGUUUCUCGACGGUUGGUCGGUUUUAAAAUAUGUACUUACCUACCAACGUGAAACUUCUUUUUGGUAAGGUCGCUAUGUUCAAAGAAGGCAUCAUAAGAUAGUGCUGCCAAGUAAUUGCCAACUAUUUUCACGUUAUAUUGAAAGCUAUCUCUGUAUAUUAUGGAUUUGUGUGAUACGAACGUUAGCUAACUUGAUGAUUGAAUCAAUAAGUAUUAAAAGUAAACCAAUUCUUUUCGCAAAAUGAGUUAUUUUAUAAGGCGGAUGUUGUUUUGUAUCUUGGAAUUUCGUUAUUUUUGUACCUAUUAUGUCAUAUAAAGAUUAAAAACAUUUUGUUUCUACCAAAAAACAUUGUAAUGACACUAAGGCGUCAAUUCGGUUGUACCCAAAUGUUAUAUUUGAUAGUGCUAAAGUAGUGCCAUCUAUUAUUCAAGUUUAAUUUUAUUUGAGUACACCUGAAUAGGCACAAUCGCUUAACCGUAAUUUUAAUUUCCAUAAUUAUAGUUAGUUAUUAAUUAUUAUUAAUCUAUUUUUGUCUUUCUCUAUAGAUACACAGAUUUUAGUUUACCGUGUAAACUUAAGCACAAAUUAAGCAAGUAGAGCAACCGUGUAUGUAAAUUUUGACACCGUUCACGUAAGACCUGUCAAAAUUGACGUCACAAAUUGUAGUUAUGAGAUCUCGAUUAUGUAAAUGAGUGUCUGGGAUCAUAUGUUGUUAUCCCCACUGAGUUAAAUCAUAUAAAUCGUUUAUGAUCCAAUACUGAAGCUUAUAAUGUCAUCUUAAAUGUUAAGUUAACAUGAAACGUAGGGUCUGCUUAAUUUUUAAGAUGUUUUUCAGUAUUCGGUGGUUAGUAAUAAUAUUUACCUACCUGGUUUAUUAAUAACGCAAAAUUGAUAAAUAAUAUUGUUGCUAUAUUGAAAGGUUUUACAAUUUAUUGUUAUUAUUUAGCCAGAAUGUUGAACAAUUGUUAAAUUAAAACAAACAGCAUCAAAACACUUUGGAUGUAACCACCACCUUACGCCAUUAAUGCUGAGUACCACAAUAAUGACAACUGUUUGACGUGAUAAAUAAUGUAAAAGUAUUUACCUCAAUCUAUGCUAAGCGAGGUCUAAAAUAAACACUAAAAUUAGUUUAGUAUUACUAAAAUGUAGGUAAAAUAUGAUGUGUAUGUAUGGUUUGAUAGAAUGUACUACAUACACUUUAUCAGCUCUGUCGACCUGUCAUUUCUAUAUCGUAGGCGUUCGUCAAACUCUCGCGCAACGCGAUUACGCGACAUCCGCAUCGUUCAGUGUGUCCGCGAAUAUGAGUUUAAUAUUCGAACGCGUAAAAGUAAACUUGAAUUUAUAUGUAUUUCAAACAGCGCCAUCUACUCACGGUUCGUGUUUUUUCUUACUAUAACUAGAUGGCGCUACUUUACUUUAAAAGUUAGGAACGCGGCGCGAUUGUCCCGUUGCCUCAGCAUCAACAUGGUGUCGAGAUUAUUCGCGAUCGAUGAAUAAGUAUGAUGUAGAAAUGCUAGUGUUGAAUGAGCUGUAAUAAUAAUAAUUAAUUAGUGUAACAAGUUUUUAAAAUAAACAUUCAAAAUUUAUAUAAAUACUUAUUAGUAAAAAUAUUGUUUUUAAGAUGUAUAACUGCCGCGGUCAAACCUUGGUUAAUUGUUAUACAAAAAUAAUAACAAAGCAAAUAGAAAAUUUAGAUAACGUUAAUACUCAUUUAUAUGUCCAAUGAAUUAAAAUAGAAUUAACUAGACAACCUUUUACACCAUAUGAUCCAAUGCUGGAUAUUGGAUUACUUAAACAAAAUUACCAAGUACCACUUUAGAUAUGUUGAGAUGAUAGAAGAUACAUAAAUAAUUAGUUUUCUGCUGUAGAACAAAAAGUAGUGCUAAAGUUAAAUAAUGUAUCUUUAAAAUUGACAAAUAUACAAUAUAAAAUAAUACA